UCACUCUUUCAGCCCGAUUGCCAAUCCAUUCUUUCGCAGAAUUUACCCCAGAGAAAUACCCGAUCCCAACCUUCCGCUCACGAAGUCGUGUCAUUGCUUUUGGCUCCCUGCCUUGCAUAUCAUUGUCCCCGGCCACAUUGAAGAGGCCCGCUUGACGACAACAUACUACCCACCAAUCAUCCGACCAUCAACGAGACCGUCAACACGUCCACGAUUUCCCUUCAUCAAACAAUACUUUCGAUAUGCAGUCCAUCUCUUCCAUCAUGGCUAGAGGCAGUGCCCUUCUCCGCGUCCGUGACGACUCGUCCUCAAAUAGCAACAGCACCAUGAUCGAUCUCCUCAUCGCCCUUCUUGUUCUUGUCUUUGUUGCUCUUGCCCUGGUGGGAGCACUAUUCAUGGUCCGCAAGAUCCGUCGCAAUCGCGCUAUUGCCCGUCAACAGCUUCCAAUGCACAACGAGCCUGGCAGCAGACCAAUCUCACAUCACCGCCGUCUGACCAUCACAGCAACUCCUUACAAGGGUGCUCGCGGCUCCAGCAUCUAUGUCUACGACGAGAAGUCCUCCAUGAUGAACAGUCCAUCAUCUCCCCCACUCUCCCCAGAGAACGUCCCCGAGAUCCGCAUCACCUUCCCUGACGAGCAAGACGAGUCUGGACGAAGAAAGAGUGGCCGCGUAGUCGUUGUCCGAGUUGGCGAGACCGGCGUUGGACUCGAGCCUCUUCAAGAAGAGCAACUUCCCGCCUACGAAAAGGAAAGCAGCGAGCGGUUCCACAGCAUCGACAUGGAGCGAAUUGGAGGAUUGAAGGAGAAGUCCAGCUGGUCAUAGAUCUCCUUCUACACCCACCACCAACAACGACGAUACAAAAAACUAACCCGCCAUCUUCGAUCUUCCCACAUGAGAGUGGCUGGUUUCUGCACAUACUACACGCAACGGGUUGUACAUGACACUUGACAUAAACUACAUUCUGGCUCAGGCUCUCUUCAUCAUUCUCACUAUCAUCACACACCACGUUCCGCUGUCUCGAUCUCCCGCACGGCAUUUCACUUCUCCAGCGCCUCUUUUUU